AUGAGCGUGUUGGCAAGAUCAAGAACAGACUCAAGUCGAGUGGAAACCUAUCAAACGAAACGCAGCGAUGUCGUUGGUACCGCGACUAUUCCGCUUGGAUACAAAUUACGUCAACAGAUUGUUGGUGCAAAGUAUCCCGAGCUCAAGACAAACCAGCUUCGGCUGCAAGGAGGCGGUAGAAAUAACGCUAUAAAACGACCUCAAUAUCCCCAAUCAGGUGAUAGGAUACUUAAUACUCAAGUGUACGACUCGGUGAUACCCACAGAUCCAAGAUUUUAUUCAAAUGCGCUUUUGUGUGACGACAAAAAGCUCGAGUAUUCACGAAAUUCAUUCACGUUGAAGGACAGAACUGAUAAAACUAUUAGGAGAAAUCAAAUACGUGAUUGCAUUCAAAAAAAUACAUCAGCAAACGAGGAAGACAUCAAUAUUCGCCGUGCAAAGCUUCGCAACAUGAUUUCAUCAGAGGAAGCCUUAUUGUCAAGAGAGCUCGUCAAUCUAGAUCACAAGCGCAAAGACACUCGAGCUGAAGAAGCUGCCAAGCAGGAUGAGUUACAUCGCAUUCGAGAAGAGGAAGAGCGACGCCAUCUAGUAACGUCAAAGCGACAGCAACAGUACUUUGAAAACAGCCCAGAGGCCCGGGACAAAAUGUCGCGGGAAAUAGCUCGCGGGGUAAAGUUCGCGAACUUGGCUCAGAUAUUGGAAAAAGAUUUACGGCAUCGUGAAGAGAAACAAUUGGACCAACUGUGGGACGAAAUAAUGUCUAAGGAAGCGGCAGCACAAAAACAACGCGAAAAUAAUUUAUUAGCUAAACGCAGAGCGCGGGAAAGAGAAACAGGUUUCAUUUUGUCGCAACAGAUGGCCGCGCGAUCAUCAACUGGGGAAGAAUUGCGUCGCCAACGCGAAGAAGAGCGACAGGAAUUAGAGAAUCUGUGGGCGCAAGUGAGGGAAGAAGAGGUUCGUAAUUUAGAAGCUGAGAGACUAAAACGGGAGAAACUUAAACGAGAUCUUGAGGAACAAUUGACGGAAGCGCGAAAGCAGUUUGCUGAUAAAAUGAAACAGGAGGCAGCAGUCGCGGAAAAAUUGAAAUUUAUUAGCGAGGCAGAAAUAAAUGAAGAAAAAAAACGUAUUUCCGAUUCGAAAAUUCAAUUACAGAAAGAAAUAAGUGCCUAUAUGAAGUAUUUGGAGGAACUGAAGGCUGAACAGGCGAAGAGAAAAGAAGAAGUUGAAGCGAUAAUCGAACAAUCGGCGAGGGAUAUUGAGGCAAGGCGUGAUUUAGCACGUAAACAGUAUCAAGAACACCAGGCGAGAUUGAGACAUGAAAUUAUUAGAGCUAGAGAUGAUCAGCUCAAGGCCAAACGUGAUUUGGAAGCUCAACAACGGAGAAAAGUUAAAGAAGAGCGGGAGGUCUGUCGGAAAGAUGCUCAACUUGCGGCGGCUGCUUGCGUCGAAGACAUUUAUAAGAAAAAGGAAAUGGCACUACGGUACCGACAGGAACUGCAAGCUCAGCUUGAACUACAGGAGAUUAAUAAACGCCGCGAAGCUAUGGAGGAUAUGGAAAAAUACCAGCGCUCUUUGAAAGAACAGGAUGAGUAUGAGAAGUUUAAGGACGAGGUUGUAAAGAAGCCUGAUUUUAUUCCAGUUGAUGCUUUCAAGUUUAUGAUGAAGGAAUGCGCUGCUAGACAAGACAGUAAACAGAAAAAUUUUUAACAAGUUUUUUAAUAAAAUUUAUUGAUUAUUUUUUUUUUCAUUGUUUACUUUUCUGGUGAAUUCGAAAAAUUUCGUGUGUGCAAGUAAAAUUUUUUUUUCUUACACUAUAAAAAAAGGAGUUAGUCCAGGCGGUGUAGGGGUUAAAAUUUUUAGUGUUAAAUUUCAACACCGAAAGCGGUGUUAAAAUAACACCGCUGCCGGUGUAAAUAUUCUUUACUGGUGUUAAAAAAAUUUCCCGGUGUUAAAAAUAUUUAACUUUGUGAAUAUUUUUACUUACUCGAUGACUAUAGCGAAUUAGUGUUUUUAUUAAUUAAUUAAAUUAUACACUGUAAAAAGAGCGGUGUUAAAAAUGGACUCAUAUUAACUCCGCCCGGUGUUAAAAUGAAAUUACACCAGUGUAGGAGGCGUAAUUCGGCGGUGUUAAAAUACCCGUGUUAAACCAUUGUAAAAACAGAUAAUACCGGUGUAAAACCGGGGUAAGCUGCGUCUGCUUGAAGUAUUAACUUUAAAGAUUAUAAAACACAAAAAAUGUCAGUUCUUUAUGAAAAUUAAUAAAAAAUAUCAUUUAUUAACAAGUAUAGUGAUCGAGUAAGUAAAAAUAUUCACAAAAUAAAAUAUUUUAACACCGGUAAAGAAUAUCUACACCGGCGGCGGCGUUAUUUUAACACCGGUCUAGAAUAUUUACACCGGUGGCGGCGUUUUCACACUGCUUUCAGUGUCGAAAUUUAACACCGCCGAUUUUAAUACCUACACCGCUUGGACUU